AUGGGUGUUACCGAUGUCCUGAGCCGAAAGUCUGGCGUUAUUGUCGGAGAUGAUGUCCUGAGACUGUUCCAAUAUGCCCGAGAGAAGCAGUUUGCUGUCCCUGCCAUCAAUGUUACUUCAUCUUCAACUGUAGUUGCCGCUCUUGAGGCUGCUCGCGAUGCCAAGGCUCCGAUUAUUUUGCAGAUGUCCCAGGGUGGCGCUGCUUACUUCGCUGGAAAGGGCGUGAGCAACACUGACCAGGCCGCCUCCAUCGCCGGCUCCGUUGCCGGUGCUCAAUAUAUUCGCAGCAUUGCUCCCACUUACGGCGUUCCCGUGAUUCUACACACCGACCACUGCGCCAAGAAACUUUUGCCUUGGCUCGAUGGCAUGUUGGACGCAGAUGAGGCUUACUUCAAGACCCACGGUGAGCCUCUGUUCAGCUCCCACAUGAUCGAUCUUUCCGAGGAGCCUGUCGACUGGAACGUCGAGACCACCGCCAAAUACCUGAAGCGGGCUGCCCCGAUGAAGCAGUGGCUGGAGAUGGAGAUUGGUAUUACUGGAGGCGAGGAAGACGGCGUCAACAAUGAAGACGUUGACAAUGCCUCUCUUUACACGCAACCCGAGGACAUUUUAAACAUUUACAACACCUUGUCUCCUAUCUCGCCGUAUUUCUCCAUUGCUGCUGGCUUCGGUAACGUUCACGGCGUCUACAAGCCUGGCAAUGUCAAGCUCCACCCUGAACUACUCGGCAAGCACCAAGCCCAUGUCAAGGCCGCCAUUGACUCCAAGGAGGACAAACCUGUCUACUUUGUCUUCCACGGCGGCUCUGGGUCUAGCAAGCAGGAGUAUCUUGACGCUAUCAGCCAUGGCGUUGUCAAGGUCAACAUGGACACCGAUAUGCAGUUUGCUUACAUGAGCGGUAUCCGUGACUAUAUGCUGAACAAGAAGGACUAUCUCCUCACUGCUGUUGGCAACCCUGAUGGCGAGGACAAGCCUAACAAAAAAUUCUUUGACCCUCGAGUUUGGGUCCGUGAGGGUGAGAAGACCAUGGCCAAGCGUGUCGCCGAAGCCCUUAAGGACUUCAACUGUGCCGGUCAGGUGUAA